UAGUUGAAUAUUAGAAGUAUCUUUUAUGGGGCAUUUGGGGGUCGUUCUUGGCAUUUGAGGGGUUUUUGACUAAAAAAGUUUUGAGUUUAUGCAGGAGGGUCCUUUUCCAAUUCAAAUUGGUGGGAAAAAAUUUCAUCCAAGGCCAACAACCCCAAAAGACCACAAUUGACGAAUCACAUGCCCGCCUCUGCAUGGGGGUUCAGAUUGAAAAACAUAUCUUUAUUAAAGAACGGGCCACAUAUUUCUAUGAUGAUUUAAGCCUCUUUCUCGAAGUUUUUGUUGGUUAUCUUGUAAUUUGGCCAUCGUUCACGGAAACUUGAAUAUUGGCUGAAAUUCCUUUACUCUGAAGGACAUCUUCAAUCAUGGAGUGCAACAGAGAUGAGGCCUUUCGUGCAAAAUCCAUUGCUGAGAAAAAGCUAGAGAGUAAAGACUUUGCUGGUGCAAAAAAAUUUGCCUUAAAAGCUCAAAGUUUAUACCCAGGACUUGAUGGCAUUUCUCACAUGGUGACGACAAUUGAUGUGUACAUAUCUGCUGAGAAUAAGAUCGGUGGAGAAGUGGACUGGUAUGGUGUUCUUGGGGUAACCCCGACAGCUGAUGAUGAUGCAAUAAGGAAGCAGUAUAGGAAGUUGGCACUCCUGCUCCACCCUGAUAAAAAUAGAACUGUUGGCGCUGAUGGCGCUUUUAAACUUAUCUGUGAAGCCUGGAGCUUGUUGUCUGACAAAAGUAAGAGGUUAGCGUACAAUAUGAGGAGGAGUCCCACAGGAGGAUUCCAGCCCAAUGUUCCAUCUCAUGCUGGUGGCCAGUCCGUACCUGCACAAGCAAAUGGAUACCACAAUUACAAAGUGAAAACACCUUCAGCCCCAAAGGCGCAGAAUAACUCUGCUAGGAUGUUCCCCAAAGAAGGUCCUCGCCCUUCCCCGAGAACUGAUACUUUUUGGACCAUUUGUCAUCGGUGCAAGAUGCAAUAUGAAUAUCUAAAAGUGUAUCUCAACCACACUCUUCUUUGUCCGAACUGUCACGAAGCUUUUCUAGCUACAGAGACAGCUCCGCCUUUCCACUCUAAGCCCUCAAAUUUGGGCCCAGGUCAUCAGCAUCAGAACUCUAGUAAUCCUAUACCUUCUAGAAAUUUCUUUGACUCAAGAACGAAUGCUGCUUCGUCUGCUAAAGAUUCGGGACCUUUACGAGGUUUUCAUUCACCAACCAGUGGGCAUGUUUCCCAGGAUAGAUUUUCAAGAACAGCUAAUGUUGGUAACACAGAUCCAUCAAUUGCUGCUAAAGCCGCCAGAGUAGUUCAGCAGGCGCAUCAGAAAAUUAAGAGAGAGCGUGAGGUUGAGGGAGAGGGAUUGUCUAACAAGGUACGUCGAGGUGAGGAUGGUUUCCGUUUUGGUGCUAACAAUUCAAAUCAAUGGACCGGGGUUAAAAGUGGUUCUGGUAUGUCAGGUGCAGCCUUACCAAGAAAAGAUGGGUUUGAGUUUCAGGCUUUUCCAGGUGCUUACAGUAAACCCUUGAGCACUAGAGAUCUUACAGCCGUUGAAACCAGGAAUAUGCUGAUGGGGAAGGCACGGAAGGAGAUUCUUAAGAAGCUGAAUGAAUGGAAAAAAUCGGCUUCAAGCAAGGCUAUGGACCCUGAGAAACCAAAGGUUAAGGAAAGGAAGAAAGAGGAUGAAAGAAGCACCCAGGUGGAAAAUGGUCAUGUUAAAAACGGGUUUGUUGUGUCUUCUAGUGACCAGGUAGUUGUUGAAGUGAAGAAGACUGCUUUGAGUGGCAAUGAUGAUGACAUUAUUGAGGAACCAGCAGAAUCAAUGAAUGUUCCAGAUCCUGAUUUCCAUGAUUUUGAUCUGGACAGGGUAGAAAGCUCCUUUGGAGACAAUGAAGUUUGGGCUGCAUAUGAUGAUGAUGAUGGCAUGCCUCGAUAUUACGCAAUGGUUAACAAGGUGAUAUCAAGAAAGCCUUUUAAGCUGAGAAUUAGCUGGCUUAACUCCAGAACCACUAAUGAAUUCGGUUCAAUGGAUUGGAUUGGUUCUGGUUUUUAUAAAACAUGUGGGGAAUUCAGGUUUGGUCGGUAUGAAACAUACAAGUCCAUAAAUUCUUUCUCGCAUAAGGUUAAAUGGUCAAAAGUGCGUGGAGCUGUUCAAAUAUUCCCCCAGAAGGGAGAUGUUUGGGCAGUCUAUAAGAACUGGUCCACUGAUUGGAAUGAUGGAACACCUGAGGAAGUGAGACAUAAAUAUGAGAUGGUAAUUGUACUUGAUGACUACAAUGAAGAAAAGGGUGUAUCGGUCACUCCUCUUGUCAAAGUUGCGGGGUUUAAGACAGUUUUUCGUCCAAAUUCUGAUCCAGAAAUUGUAAAACGGAUACCAAGAGAGGAGAUGUUACGAUUUUCUCACCAGGUGCCGUACUACAGGCUUACAAGUGAAGAAGCCCGAAAUGCCCCAAAGGGUUGCCUUGAGCUGGACCCUGCUGCUACUCCAUUGGAUCUUUUACAAGUGGUAGAUGAAUGUGGUGAUGUCAAGGAACCAGUGUGUGCUCCUGAAACUCAAUCAGUUGAAACUGCUGAAGGUUGACUUGUCGAUGAAUCUUUUGACAAGAGUACAUAUUGCUCAAGGGCUAUGCCGAACCAGGAGGUUUGUCUUGAUUUAGCUGAGCUGUUAAAACACUUGUUCAUGCAAGCAUUUUGGGACAAAUUGCAGAAGGAUAGUUUUUGCUGAAACAUAAAUGUUAAUGAAUGAAGAUGAAUAUAGCAUAUACCUGCAUUCAAACUUCUUGUAGUUAGGGGUACCUUGGAGUCACAUUACCGUUCCCAAGUUUUGAAUCUAACCCCAUUGUUUUGCCAGUGAAGUUACUGCUAUAGCUAAGAAGGUAUAGGUUGUUACAUCCUUAGCACACCAUAUGGUUUUUAGUCGUAGUGAUUAUACAUUUUUCUUUUGGGUGGGAGGACCAUUUUUUGUUAAUCAGCUCAUAAAACUGAUUUUAGCUUGAUCAUUCAUAGAUCAGGAACUUCCUGCAACAUAUUCUAUUCGAAGUUGAAUAGAUACUUCAUUUCUUUUCAGCUCUCUUUCAGCUUAAUUGUGGUGCUAGUGUCCUUUGCUGGAACCAUUGUGUGUUCAUUUUCUCUUUCGGUUUAAUUGUGAGUGUAAUUAUGCCCACAUAGCCUGGUUCGAUUGAAGAAAGAAGUAACAGAGAUUACAGAAGACUUUAGUUGACAAAUUGUUUUGGAUGUAUCCGUCCAUAUUUUGCCCAUUACGCUUGUUGCAGUCGUGAUUUUCACUUUCCAUCUGGGUCCCUCUGGACUUGUAGAUGAUCAAUUUGGGCCAAUAAAACACUUUCCGUGGGCCUCUCUGGACUUGUAGGUGAUCAAUUUGGGCCAAUGAAACCCUACGAAAAUCAAUCUGGACAAAUAUGAUAAGAGUAGGACAAAUAUGAAAUACUCUCUUCGGUUUUUAUUACAAUAUAUUUUAAUUUGCACACCUAGUAAUUUUUCCAAUUGUGAGAAAAAAUUAAUUUCUAAUAAUUAGAAGAACAUAAUAACUGUGAAAUUUAAGACAAAUUAAAAUAUUUUAUAUUAAGAACCGA